CGGUACAGCCACUUAGAGAAGAUGACAGAUUUGGUGGCUGUUUGGGAAGUAGCUUUAAGUGACGGUGUUCAUAAGAUUGAAUUUGAACAUGGGACCACUUCAGGAAAACGUGUUGUCUAUGUUGAUGGAAAGGAAGAAAUAAGAAAAGAAUGGAUGUUUAAAUUAGUGGGUAAAGAAACAUUCCCUGUUGGAGCAGCCAAAACAAGAGCUACUAUUAACAUUGAUGCAGUCAGUGGCUUUGCAUAUGAAUAUACUUUGGAGAUCAAUGGAAAGAGCCUCAAGAAGUAUAUGGAGAACAGGUCAAAAAUAACCAAUACUUGGGUACUGAGCUUGGGUGGUAUGGACUAUAGAGUUGUUCUAGAAAAGGACACUAUGGAUGUGUGGUGCAAUGGCCAAAAAAUGGAAACAGCGGGUGAAUUUGUAGAAGAUGGGACUGAAACUCACUUCAGUGUUGGUAAUCACAGCUGUUACAUUAAGGCUGUCAGUAGUGGAAAACGAAAGGAAGGAAUUAUUCAUACCCUUAUUGUGGAUGACAGAGAAAUCCCAGAGGCUGUGGAGUAGCCUCUAGUUAACUGAUUAUUGUAGGACUAAGAUCAGGAUGCUACUGGUUUCCUCAGAGGGCCAUAUACCUCUCCCUCAUUUGGGAACAGGUCAACAAGUAUUGUGGAAGGGCCCCAGCACUGUUGCAAAUAACAAAGGUGUCAGGAUUGUUUACAUCAUCUACUAAGCUGUCAUAUACCUUAAUGGCAUCCCCCUCCACUGCCGGUGGCAUAAUGUAAGACGGCUUGCCUUUAGUGUAUAAGCCUGUUAAUACGUCAGCCUCAAACACGU